AUGUCGGUAAAAGAAGAAGCGGCAAAUGUGAAGGAUGAGUUAGAGCAUAACGCGUUUCUCAUAUCCAUACGACCAGGAGGAAUUCUUCAUGACUACGUUGAGAAGGGCCCAGCAGAAGUAUUAUGUGUGCCCAGGGAAUCUUUCCUCAAGUCUAGUGGCCUCGAGCCGUAUCUCUUACUACCACCACUAUCGUCUUCAUCCUUAUCACCAUCAAGUGGUGUGUGUCUCAUAGUAGAUGGAUCUAUGCGUCUGUUAACACCAGAACAGCAUGCAGAAGUGGCACGUAUUCUACGUGAACAUUUUCUCUACUACCACACUUUACAUUUUAAAGGUGUCGCCUCAGCUGCUUUUACAACGUUACGUGGUCAACAAGGGGAAUUUGCUUCCAAUUUACAAAGUGUCUCACGGUAUGGUCGUAUUGGAAGUUCUGCAGUUAUUUGUGAUUCGGCUCCCCUUAUGGACCGUGAUGAUCCUGAUCUCCCUGACUUUCAUCCGUGUAAGAUGCAUAUAUUUUUUAUCCAAGAACCCCUUAUGGAUAAACAGGAAAUGCAAAAUACACUAACUGCACUGAAACGAGCUAUUUUACCACCAACACCAACACCACAACAGAAACAGCAACCAAAACAACAACAACAACAGCGAACUACUUUAUCAUCGGAUGUGACUGUUUCAGGUAAUUCAAGUUUAACAAGUGAUCGAUUCUCACGUGAGAAUAUAACUAAAUACAGACGCUCUGUAGCGGCAGAUUACGAUGUUCACUAUGGAGAAUUUCAAGAGUAUAUGGAGAUGCCUAUCUGUGUACCCCUUGCAAAGACACUAUCAAACUUUGUGGAGACUAUUCAACAGCGUGAGAUACCACCUUUAACGAACGCCGAUGUAAAAAGGGCAAUAAAAGUCUGUAUGGAUCAUUGUAAUCGUAUACCAAUGCUGGCUCGGGAUGAGGGAAAGCAACGCAUCGCACUUGAGGGAUUUGAAAGAUAUAUCAUGACUAAACUCUACUGGCGUGCCUUUGAUGUUGACUCUGAGGAUCAACAACAGAAUGCCCGUUUGACGGCAAAACUGCGACAACUUUCACCUAUUCUGCAGGCUACACAAUUAGACGCACUGCCUGCUGUAGAGAAAAGUAACACGUGGAAUGAGGCGAUUUUCGAGUUAGAAGGCAUGAAUUACUUUAAGAGUCCACAUGAGAAGUUGCGAUGUGUGGUACGGGCGAGUAGAUUACUUUCAACCGCUAUCCACACAGCACUCUCGGCGGAGGGAAAGAAACCACAUGGCUCUGAGAAAGAAAGUAAUAGUCGGAGGAAUAGUGGCAGCAGAAAGGAUAAUCAUCCACAUACUAGUAGUAAUAAUCAUAAUAGUGGUGAUGCUGUUGCUUUUGGGGCAGAUGAGUUUCUCCCAUGUUUUAUGCUGUUAGUAUUGCGUGCCUCACCUCGUAACUAUUACUUGAAUCUGCAGUAUGUGAAGCGAUUCCGCAAUGAGACUCUUAUGACACAUGAGGAGAGUUAUUGUCUUGCGAAUAUGGAAUCAGCGGCUGAGUUUUGGUUAACAUAUAAUGAAACACCACAGCAUGAGCGUAGGGAGACGAAGCAGAAACAAGAAAAGCAACACCAAGAAAAACAAGAAAAAGAAAAACAAAAUCCACCAUCCAUAGAUGAUCUUUUUCCCGCUUCUCCGGAUGGAUCGCCUAUUGUAGCACAAGAAGUCAAUAUGGGUUCAUCUUCCCAGUUAGGUUUUGUUUUAGAUGAUAAGAUGGAGAAUCAUGCUGGAGAAGAUACUGGCAGCGAUACUAAGGUUUUCGGACAAUUCACAAAUAAGGAGGUAAUCAAUGUGGCACAUCUCUUGUUGGAGGAGCAAAAGUCGUUUGAGGAACUUACCGUGUUGGAAUUACGAGCCAUUGUGGCGGAGGCACGAAUUUUACUAGCGGAGAAACAAGACAGACGAGAGAGAUCUCACAGAGAGGAGCCACAAAGUGAAUAA